AUGUCGUUAAGAACAGAACCUCCGAAAGGUUAUACUGGGCCUCCUCCCCCACCAUCUUAUACAUACCCUCCUUCAAUGGAUGAUCCCACCCGCAUGACUCCUACCUCUCUGCCCCCAAUGGCAUCCCUUCUGAGACACGACCACGAAGAGCAGGAGGCGCAGUCGAGUCCCUACGUUGCUCGUCAAUUUCAACCUCCAUACAACAUGACAAAGCAUCCGUUAUGGCUGGCACAAUUUGAUCCAAAUGCACCUGUACAGCAUAUAUAUUAUCCUCCUCAACCUCCCAUGAACUCACACUCUCCACAGAAUAUCGCAGAAUCUUCGUUGGUUGCCCUGCAACCACAGCUUCAUUUAGCAAAUCCAUCUAACCAAGGGGUUGCCCCUCAACGCAGAACAGCCAAAAAGAUUGCCCUAAGAAGAGACAUCGUCAAAGAUCCCGUUCAAGGACGAAGAGGCUCGGCUGAGUUAUCUAUUCGCUACCAAAAUCAAGGUCAACAAGCUGGCGGAGAAUCCUCCGAAGCUUCAUACACGCGCCGAGACUCUAAGUCACCGCGCCAAAUGCCUCAGAGCAGAUCCAUGCCUAUAUCUGGACUUUUGAGUGAUGGUCCUAGUCCUGUGAGUGAGCCGCGACGACAGCCAACGUAUAGACUUCGGAUGCGUCAACAGCCCAUUGCGGCUCGAGCUUGUGGGUUUGGUGAACGCGACCGCCGGGUUAUUGAUCCUCCACCAAUUCUCCAAAUGGAUGUUGGAGACCCAAACUCUUCUCCAGAAGAGAUUCGUGCAUUGAUUCGUCAACCGUACUCAGUGGUGCAUUGUGUGCUGUGGGACCCAGCAACGAACCAGGAUGAUACAGCCAUGCCUGGGACCACCGAGAAGAGGCAACAGCGGCGCCUCAUGGGCACUUUGGUGGCGUCUCCUUUUGUCGGGAACGACGAGCAUGGUGUUGAAGGGUGUUUCUUUACCUUCCCGGACCUGAGUGUGAGGACACCAGGAACAUACAGCCUCAAAUUUAGCCUCAUCAACCUGGAUCCGACCAGAAUGAUGCCUGGUAGUCGUGAGCCCGUCAAAAGUAUUGUUUGGAGCAGUGUCUUUCACGUAUACAACGCAAAGGAGUUUCAGGGAAUGCGAGCGAGUACCGAGCUUACGAAGACCCUGAAGCAUCAGGGAUGCUUGAUCUCAGUCAAAAAGGGCAACAACAAGGCCCAUGGAUCUCGGUCGAGGGGAGAAGACGAUGAGGAAGAGGAGGAAGAGGAAGACAGCGGAGGUGAAGGAAGUUCCACCAAAAGAGGGAAACGGCCAAAGCGAUAA